AUGUCCUCCUCAAUAUCACCUUUCUACCGCCCUGGCACAUUCCCUGUUUUAUCCUCCCGCGUACUCGCCAGCGCUUCACAAUCUCUCCGAUUAGCCAUCCAGUCACAACACCUCAUUCGCAGUUUUUACUCUUCACCACCGCUAAUAACCCCACCUCUCACCACCACAAAGGGAUUCACAUAUUUAAUAGGCGCCGCCUGGUCACCAAAGAGAAAACGUCAUAACGUAAUAAAUCAUGUAACCGGAAAUCCAUGGUGGAGAGAACAAAUGAGAACCGGAAAAGUCGAUGCCGGAGAAGACGCUUUUUUCUACGUUUUAACAAAUUGUGGUGUAGCUUUAGGGGUGGCUGAUGGUGUGGGUGGAUGGGCACAGAUGGGUGUGGAUUCGGCAGCGUUUUCGUGGGCUUUGAUGGAUAAUGCGGCAAGCGUCGCAAAAGAACUUGGUACCGCAGAAAGGAAUCGUUAUAAAUCUAGUGUUAGACGAUAUGACGAUAUGGUAGAUGCCAAACGCAUAUUAAGCAGAGCCUUUGAGAACAUGAUAAAGAGCGGAAAGGUUGAAGCCGCAUUUCUUUUAAUUCGCAGUGGCCGACUUCUUUACGAGUCUCCUUCGCAACAACAUUUCUUCAAUUGUCCUUAUCAACUUACAUUAGUACCCGAACAUUAUCCCAAUCAAAAAUUAUACAUCAGAGAUAAACCCAGUGAUGCGGACCAGUCAACACAUCAGUUGCAAGACGGUGAUGUAAUAUUACUAGCAACGGAUGGGUUUUAUGAUAAUGUGUUUCCGGAAGAAGCGGUUUCUAUCGUGAACGAGGAACUCGAUAAAGUUUUAAGCAGUAACAAAGGCACCCGGAAUGUAAGCGUUGAGGAACUUACAAAACGGGUGAGGGGCUUGUCAAGAAGGCUCACAGAUACUGCUAGAAAAUAUUCUGAGGAUCGAAAACGAAUUAGUCCGUUCAGUAAGAAUGCAAUGAAUAUGGGCGAGUCUCGGUUAGGAGGGAAAAUAGACGAUAUAACUGUACUUAUUACUCUGGUGAGGGCGAAUUCAUGA